GGGGGCAGAACGCGUGCGUGCGCGCGUGCGUGCGCGCGUGCGCGGGCGGUGUUUGAGGCCGGCCAGUCGUGACUGGGCGGCAGUGCGGUCAGUGACUGCCCGGAGUCCUGCAGGGGCGGGGCGACGCCAAGCGCAGGGAGCCCGGGUGAGAGGCAGCCCAGAUUGAAGAUGGAUACGUGACAAUCGCAGGGACCGCUGCACUGACUUCGUUUCCUUAGACAAGACACAGUGUAGGGCCCGGCCCGUGUUGGCCCCAGGACUCCUUUGGAAUACAGCUGUGGACAAUGAAUCCUGCGAGCGAUGGGGGCACAUCAGAGAGCAUUUUUGACCUGGACUAUGCAUCCUGGGGGAUCCGCUCCACGCUGAUGGUCGCUGGCUUUGUCUUCUACUUGGGUGUCUUUGUGGUCUGCCACCAGCUGUCCUCUUCCCUGAAUGCCACUUACCGUUCUUUAGUGGCCAAAGAGAAGGUCUUCUGGGACCUGGCGGCCACGCGUGCAGUCUUUGGUGUUCAGAGCACAGCCGCAGGCCUGUGGGCUCUGCUGGGGGACCCCGUGCUUCAUGCCGACAAGGCACGUGGCCAGCAGAACUGGUGCUGGUUUCACAUCACAACAGCAACGGGAUUCUUUUUCUUUGAAAAUGUUGCAGUCCACCUGUCCAACUUGGCCUUCCGGACAUUUGACUUGUUUCUGGUUAUCCACCAUCUCUUUGCCUUUCUUGGGUUUCUUGGCUGCUUGGUCAAUCUCCAAGCUGGCCACUAUCUAGCUAUGACCACGUUGCUCCUGGAAAUGAGCACGCCCUUUACCUGCGUUUCCUGGAUGCUCUUAAAGGCGGGCUGGUCCAAGUCUCUGUUUUGGAAGCUCAACCAGUGGCUGAUGAUUCACAUGUUUCACUGCCGCAUGGUUCUGACCUACCACAUGUGGUGGGUGUGUUUCUGGCACUGGGACAGCCUGGUCAGCAGCCUGUAUCUGCCUCAUUUGACACUCUUCCUUGUCGGACUGGCUCUGCUUACACUAAUCAUUAAUCCAUAUUGGACCCAUAAGAAGACUCAGCAGCUUCUCAAUCCGGUGGACUGGAACUUUGCACAGCCAGAAGCCAAGAGCAGGCCAGAAGGCAACGGGCAGCUGCUGCGGAAGAAGAGGCCAUAGCUGCUCCAGCCAGGGCUCCUGGGCAGCCGCGGAUCUGGCACACCGAUUCUGGGAAGCUCCGUGAAUAAUGGCUUUUGAAUUAAUGAGGCAGUGAAUGUUUUGUAUUUGUUCUAAGGGAAAUACUAACUUUAUUUCUCAUUAGCAUUAAUUUUGAAGUAGCUACAAAGUAUUUUUAAGAAAUUAUAAUUUUGUGACUGUCCUGGCAGGUUCUGUCAGUUUAGCCGUGCCGGACCGUGUCAAGCAUCUAGGAGAGGAGUCCAUGGUGUCCAGACAUCCGGGUAUCACACCUGUUUAGGAGUGGGGUGGCUUUGAAUGCUGGAAAUAGCUUCAUAGUGAAGUGCCUCCCACAGGGCGGGUGGGUCAGCGUUGACUGUUUCCAGCCACACACUCAUAUGCUGUGUGUCUUAUUCAGAAGUCACAUUCUUUUCAGUUGGAGAGAAUUGGGCUAAGAUAGAAAAUAACAUGAUUUGUUCCUUGUUAAAGUUUCCCAGCGUAUGAAAUUCUAAGCUGGGUGGGGUGGCUCACACCCAAAGUAAUUCCAGCACUUUGGGAGGCCGAGGCAGGUGGAUCUUUUGAGGCCAGGAGUUUGAGACCAGCCUGGUCAAGACGGUGAAACCCCAUCUCUACUAAAAUUACAAAAAUUAGCCGGGCGUCGUGGCACACACCUGUAAUCCUAGCUACUUGGGAGGCCAAGGCAGGAGAAUUGCCUGAACCCGGGAGGCGGAGGUUGCAGUGAGCUGAGAUUGCACCACUGCACUCCAGCACUCCAGCCUGGGUGACAGAGCAAGACUCUGUCUCAAAAAAAAAAAAUUCUAAACCGAAGUGUACGGCAGUGCCAUCUGGUGGCAAAUGGUACAAAGACAACGCUGAAGGGUAGUGACUCCUGUAGCAGCAGAGACGCCUUGGAGUUUAACCCGCACCAACCAGAGCGUGGGCUGGUCAAGAUGAAAUCUUGCAAGUUUUUUUUUUUUUUUUUUUAAAUCAUGGUACCUGUUCUAAAAUGAGAAGUUAUUAUUCAUACUGUAUUGCUCAUUUGACAAAAUAAGGUGAGUAUUUCGUAAUCAGGUUGUCUGGGUUUUAAAGCUGUUUUUAAUUGACUGAGUUACCUACAGGCACCCAAUCUAGACCCUAAUUCUGUGGUUGGUGUUCCUCUGUAGAUUUCAAGACAAGUAGUGAUGUCAUUUUCCCCCUGAGCUGUAGGGUGGACCUGGACCCCUGAGAGAUGCUCAACUGCAGGGUCCUGGGGUCCCUAGAAUGGUCCUGCAGCAGCCCCUGGCAAUGAGCUGCCUGAUGAUGAGUCCCAAGGUACAUUGUUCCUACUGUUUUAUACCCAGGUAGAAGUUAUACACCAAUUUAGCAAUUUUGUUAACACAUACAGAAUUGUGUGUGUGUGUGUAUGUGAGUGUUUUGACAUAAAUGUGCAAUUAAAAUUCAAAGUUUAUUUUUUAUCACAAGCACCUUUGAAAUGUAUGUAGAAAACGUCGGCUGCUCAUGAGAAUCAUGUGUGACUUAUGUUCCUUAUGUUUUAUGGAACUCUCGGAACAGUGUUUUGUUUUUGUUUAGUUUUUGUUUUCGUUUUUUUGAGACGGAGCCUCACUCUGGCUCCCAGGCUGGAGUCCAGUGGUGUGAUCUCGGCUCACUGCAACCUACACCUCCCGGGUUCCAGGGAUUCUCCUGCCUCACCCUCUCAAGUAGCUGGGAUUACAGGUACCUCUACCAUGCCUGGCUGAUUUUUUGUAUUUUUAGUAGAGGCAGGGUUUCGCCAUGUUGGCCAGGCUGGUCUCCAACUCCUGACCUCAAGUGAUCUGCCCACCUUGGCCUCCCAAAGUUCUGGGAUUACAGGCAUGAGCCACUGCACCUGGCCUGUAGCAGUGUAUUUUGAUUGCUGGUGCUUUAACUUUAUUGACCAAGGUGUAUAGUAACCUAUUUAUCACAUUUUACGAAGCGAUUUUAAUCUUAAACCCAUCGAGCAAAUGGUGUCCCUGCUGAAACUUUUAACUAGAAACUUCACACCUGGCAGGCAGCACUCUCUGCAGUCGUGCCCUUGUGGAGUCAGCAGGAGCUGGUGUUUUUCAGCCAGACAGAGGCAUAAUAAAGUGACUGAUGUUUACAGAACCCAAAUGAUGUCUUCCUCUCUCUCAAAAUAAACUAACUUAUUCAUAUUGCUGUGAAUGCUUUAUCUUGGAGAUACAAAAUAUAAUGAUAAAUUCAUCAUGUGUUCAGAAUUCGAUUUGGAGUUGGAAGUGGACAGCCUAAUUUUUAUCUCACCUCCACUAGGACUUUGGCCUUCCCAGGGGUCCACACUUUACCUCCUGUAUCUUCAUACGCGUGUUUGGAUGCAUGGAGAUGGAGGUGCCGUAGAGAAGCACAGGCUCACCCUCUCUGUCUAGUGUCACCCACACAUUGGUCUGGGGACCCCUCAGUGCAGAGCCUGAAGUUGGGGGUUUUGGGGUGGAAAAGGCUUCAUGAACUGUUAGGAUGCGUACACCUUCCAGAUGGCACAGCACUUUCCCAUGGUCCUCACUGGCCUCAGUCUCCCUGACUGGCAGUGUGAGGGGAUGUAUCUGUAGUGGAGCAUGGUGCAAGCGACAUUCAUGAGCUCUGACUUCUUGGUGCCAGGUUGGUGUGAGCCUGGGCCUGGCCCACUCAGCGGCCCACACUGGCCAGCAUCCAUCUGCACGUGUGCGCUGCGUGCUUCACAUCCUCUAUUGAGAGUUACAGCAAGUGUUAAACGAGGUGAGUUCACAUAACAGGAAUUCUGGAACUGCUUGAAAACUAGGAAGAUUGGGCAAUAUCGGCCCUAACUCCACCCGAUGGCAGGUGACCCGGAUAGAAAAUGGCCCUGCCUUUAGCCAGGAUGUGGCUCUCCAGCUUGGCUUCGGUGUGAUCACUUGUCACCGCGCUUUCUCUUUUGAUAGUGAAAUCCUUCUCCAUACCCAUGUUUUGUUUUGUUUCUUAAGUUGGGAAACAGAAUGGGCCAGGGAGGUUGAGUGACUGAAGACCAAGGGUUGGUGCAGCCUCCUCGCCGCACUACAGGGGCUGGGCCGCACAGGCUUCUGCCCUUCUCGGUGUCCAGGCUCCUUGGGCGAUGCUGGAGUUGUCAUGGCGGCAGUUCAGUGUGAGAUUUUUUACCAGGUAUUGUGCUUAAGGGACGUGAUUUUCCAUUUUCUUCGCCCUGACAACUUGAAUGAAAUGGGCACUGUUGAUUCCACUUCCGUCGAGGAGCCUCGGGGCUCAGAGAGGUGAUGACGUGCCCAAGGUGAUGCAAUUCGUUAACAGCCGUGCCUGCCUUGGGCACAGGCUCUGGCGCCAGAGCUGGGCUCUUCAACACGGCAUUUAGUGCAGAAAGUCGUGCUUCAGGCAGUAUGGGCCACUGUAACAAAACACCUAAGACUGGGCAGUUUAUAAAGAACAGACAUACAGGCCAGGCACGGUGGUUCAUGCCUGUAAUCCCAGCACUUUGGGAGGCCGAGGUGGGUGGAUCAUUUGAGGUCAGGAGUUUGAAACCAGCCUGGCCAACAUGAUAAAACCCCAUCUCUACUAAAAAUACAAAACUAGCCGGGGGUGGUGGUGCAUGCCUGUGGUCCCAACUACUUGGGAGGCUAAGGUAGAAGAAUUGCUUGAACCUGGGAGGCAGAGGUUGCAGUGAGCUGAGAUCACGCCAUUGCACUCCAGCCUGGGUGACACAGUGAGACUCCAUCUCAGAAAAAAAGAACGGACAUCAUUUCUCACAGUUCUAGAGGCUGGAAGUCCAAGAUGAAGGUGUGGGCUGAUUAGUUUCUGCUAGGAACACUGCAUCCUCAUGUGGUGGUGGGGAUGGAAGGUCAAGAGGCCUCAGCUAGUUCUCCGCUGCCUUUUUAUGAGGCAUUAAGCCAUUUGCAAGAGUAGGGGGCCCCACCUCUUAAUACCACUGUAAUGACAAUUACAAUGUCAUGUGAAUUCUGGAGGGGACACGGUCACACUGCAGCAUUAGCACCCGGUGAAUGUGGUUCUCUACCGUGUCAGAAUUUUGUGAGCUCCACACAGGCAGGGUUGCAUCUGUUUUAUUCUCUGAUUGAUCCUAAGCCCCAUGUCCCUGGCACGGGAUGGCUGCUUCGCAGUGGGGAGUGGAUGAACCAGUGAUACCCAGGGCUGCCAGGCAGGGCCCUGCAGGGGACAGACCCAAGGGCUGAUAUGGGGACGUCUGCUGAGGGGGGAAUUUACCAUGGUAAGGGCAGGGCUGGGAGAAUGGGCAGCCAUUUUCUCCCUCACACAGGGUGCCUGGCAAGACCAGCAGCUGGAGGUGAUGUCCUCAGUAGAGAACAGUGGCCACUGGAAACGUGUGGCUGGAAGGGGAAACUCUCAGGCCUCUGGUGGGGACCAGCCUGGGGUGGGGUCGGCCAGGGUCAGCUGCCUUUCCAUCAUGCUGGGACGGAGAUGUUGUGUGCGUGUGACAAAGCAUUUGAUAGCAUGCCAAAAGUUUCCUCCAUUUUGUGCGUGUCAAGUGUUUGACCAGGUCAGAAGUCUUGUUCUAUGCGAACGUGCUCACGCAGACAGAAGCGGAGGGGCUCUGUUGCUGUGCCUUCACGCUGCUGAACCGCAAGGGUCUCCUGCUCAUCAGGCUUGCGGCUCGGCCGCAAAGUGCGUCAGGUGUGCAUCCUGGGUGCUCCUUUGUGCUCUGUCCUACGGUGACACAGGCAGCGUGGGGUUAGACAGGUACCGGUCAGAUUACGGUGGCACAGGUGAUGUGGGGUUAGACAGGUACUGGUCGGAUUACAGUGGCACAGGCAGUGUGCAGUUAGACAGGUACUGGUCGGAUUACAGUGGCACAGGCAGUGUGCAGUUAGACAGGUACCAGUCAGAUGCAUGGACUCCCUACACCCCUGCUGUAGCUUCGGCAGUAAAGACAGGACGCACCCACGUCAUAAGAGGAGCACAGGCAGGGGUGUUGGUGUUAGGGCAGCCUUCAGGGUCUCCAGACCCCGGCCCCACUCACACGGCAGCCCAGGAGGGAAGGGCAGAGUCCCAGGUGUCACCUGGUGGGUCUCCCAGGAGCUGCCCCUCCCUGGAAGUCACAGGACAGGAAUGACAGAUCAGGGAACUGCAGGAAGCUGCCACCUCUGGGGUCUGAACAUGCCCAGCCUGCGGGGGCUCCAUCUCAGGGUCUUCGAGAGCCAGACAGUCUGCCUUGUGCUGCAUACCUGGCUUUGCUCUGUGCAGAACCCAGCACAUGUGAUUUUGUGUGACAUGCCAACAACCUGGCUCCCAGGACAGGAGGCCUGCCCUUGGGGAGUGGCUGCAGGAGGGUGGCGCGGGCACCAGUGAGUCUGUCUAGCCUUGUCACAGAUGCAUCACCCACCCUGUGGUCCUGAUUUCAGCUCACCUCAGAGUAAAUCAGAAUAAACCGCGCCCAGACUUUCACGAAUGCAUGUUGACACUUUCAGUUCACCCCUUUCUUUGCUAACUUUCUUCCUAUUUUCUUCCAAUGCGAGAGCUUAUUAAUUCAAUAUUUAUCAUUUUGAAUAACUUUUCUCCUUUUUAGUAACAAAAUGUACUUCACUAUUAGUAAAAUGUAUUUACUAUUUUAGUAACCAAAAUAUACUUGCCUAAUCAUGUUUAAAAUAUAGUGAUGUGAAAAAUU